AUGUCGCUCCUAGCACUUCCUGCAGAGCUUCGACUUCGUAUUUAUGAAUACAUACCCGAGCUACUACCAAAUGCCCACCACAACCUCCUGCCCACCCAAAUCACACCUCCCAUCAGCCGCACCUGUACAAUCUUCAGACGUGAGACCUUGCCUCUCUACGCAACGGACUCCAUCUUUGCAAUCUGUAUAGAUGACUCUCCCGAGCCGUGGAAGCGUCGCAUCGAUAGCUGGAUCUCGGCUCUCGGUCCCGAGAUAUCACGGAUUCGCAGUCUUCAGAUCUCUCGUCAUUGGAAUAUGUUGCAGCCGCAGCGAUGGCAGGGCCGAGUGGGUUUCUACAUUCGAAUCGAUCACUUGAACCGCGAGUGCAGGCCUUCUAAGCGUGAUGGACACAAUGUUGUUUUGGAAGAUGGAGGAUUGAAAGUGACGACUGGCACUUAUCCUGUCGUGAGGGACACUCGUAACAUGCGAUCCGCGAGUAUAGAGCUCCUUGCGCGUGUAUUCCGAGAACGUCUGGCUACAUCGUCAAGUGACCGGCCUGGCCUCACAGGUGACGAUGUUCGAUUUCUCGUUCGAGCCGUCGAGAUUGUCGUAUCUUACAAGAUCCCACAUUCGAUAGACGUGGAGAGUGACAGAGAACGAAGCCAGGAGAUCCUACAAGACAUGGAGAACACUCUCCGCGUGCUCGCUUGA